AAUUCGGGUAGAAAAUCCCGCUCUUGUAUAGCCAGAAGUAGGGCUUUUCAAACCUCAGUUUUCACAGCCAUGUCAGAAUCUGCACAGGAAGUCGCCAAACCCUUAUCCGAGGACAUGGAUAUUGAAUCCAACGCCGCUGAGGACUCUGGGACUGAGAACGGCGGCGCAAAGCGGCCAAGGGAGGAGGGAGGCGAGCCGGAGAACGGUGACAAUGGUGACGCCUCGAAGAAAUCAAGGGUCGAUAAGUCUGUUGAAGAACAAAGACUGGAAAUUUUGGAAGGAAACGAAGUUGGGGAGGGAAAGAAGAAGGAAGAAAGAUCGGGUCCGGUUACUCUGGGUCCGAAAAGCUUUGGGUCGUCGGUAGAGAUGUUUGAGUACUUCUACAAAUUACUCCAUUACUGGGCUCCUAAUCUCGACAUCAACAAGUACGAACAUAUGGUUUUGCUGGAGCUGCUUAAGAAGGGUCAUGCAGAUCCAGAGAAAAAAAUAGGCCCGGGAGUUGGUGCAUUUCAAGUUCAAAACCACCCUGUAUUUAAAAGUCGCUGCUUCUUCAUCGUAAGGGUGGAUGGGUCCGCUGAUGACUUCAGCUUCAGGAAGUGCGUGGAUCGGAUCCUUCCCUUGCCAGAGAGCAUGCAAAUAAAGCAUAAUGCUAAUAAGGCCUUGAGGGUCGGAAAAGGCGGAAAAGGCAGUGACAGAGGUGGAAGAGGUGGAGGUCAUGGCCGUGGUAGAGGAAAGUCGAGAAACUGAGUGUGUUCGUGUUCGUGUUCGUGUUCAAAUGAAUUUUCAAGCAUACACUCUGAAGAAGGAAGGGUACUUGCUUGCUAGCUUUCUAGUAAAAUCCAGAUUUUUACCUUUUUGACCUUUCUCCUCUGAUAUAGUUUUGGAAUUGUCUUCUCCAAAUUAAUCAGUUUAUGCCAUCCUGACUGUCACAAGGCCCCCCUUUGUUUUGGUUUUCUUUUCUUAAAUCUCUUGCUACCUUAUUUUGGUGGAUGGAAGUAGGCAAAACUUAACUUAUAUUCUUAAAUGUAAAGUAUUUUGGCAUUGUGCACAGUGCCCUUUUUUCGUCUCAAAAUUAUGAGAACGUAGUGAUCUUGUUCCACAAUUAGCCAUUAGUGCAUAAUGGAUGGUUAGCUUAUUGUGUUA